UAAUAAUGAGAAUUGAUAAAACGCACAUGCCAGACACUUGAAUUAAUGUAGUAAUACUAUGCCUAUGGAUAAUAUACUUGUAUUAAAAAUCCAACCAUAUACUUGAUAACAAAUAAAUUAACCGGUUUGAUAAAUUGAGAAAUGAAUUUUAAAUUUUUAACUUCUGAGUAUUUCAAAGCAUAGUAAACAUUAUUAAAUUAAUAAUAGAUUUUUUGUAAUUAUUGUUUUAGUUUUAAAAUUUUAUUUGAUUUUUGACGUAAAAGUAGAUUUUUUUAAUUGUUACAAUAAGCGAUUGCUUACAGUCAUUUUAAAAUGCGUAUAAAAAUAAAUCGACAGUAUUUAACAUUCAGUAAAAAUGCCGAUCUAUGUUGGUUAUACGUAGACACUUCAAAAAUAUCACUUAUAAAACAUUUAAAACUAAAAAUUCAAGAUGUUUUAAAAGAAGAGCGAAAUAUUGAUGUGUGUUUUGACAAUAUUCCAUUCCUAGAUGAAGAUGAAAUUAAUGCCAUUAAUGACGGCGAAGAAAUAACUGUGAUAUUUAAAGAUAAUGAAAAUUCUAAACAAGAAUCAUUAUCUCAUCAAUUGCAAGAUCACUUCAUUCCAGAUGACAACACCAUUUGUAAAAAUUCAUCAAGUAAUAGGCUAUCAAUUGAAAAUUUAGAAUUUGUUCCUGUAAACAGAAUUGAUAGUACUGCUUCCAUUAGUUCUAUAACAUCCAACACAACGUCACAAGUAAAAAAAAGAAAACGAGUAAGGAAUCAUAAAAAAAAAAAAAUACAACAUGAUGAUAAUAUUUCAAUGAAUAAUUAUAAUGGUGUUUAUGAUACAGUUUCUCAAUUAACUUUGAACAAUGAAAAAAAAAAUCAUAAACGUUUUAAAAUGGAAGAAGAGGAAAAUGGAAAAACUUUUAAUGGUUCUGAAUCCAUAUCAUCUAUUGAAGAAACCUUCCAUAUUACUAGAGAAGUUUACAGUUGUAAUUCAUCUUAUUUAGACAUUGAAGAAAAUACGGUUGUUAGUAAACCUAAAACAGAAUGGAAACAAUAUCAAUUUAAAACUAUACCUUCAAAUAACAAGUCCGUACCAAUAUUCAUACGAGGUCAAACGCAUAAAGCUUCCAAUAAUUAUUCUCAAAAUAACUCUGUGGUUGAAAAUAAUUUUGAGAACAAAACUCCAAAUUAUAAUGAUGAUUGUGAUAUGCUUGUUGUAGAUUGGAAAAAUAUGUCACCUGUUAAAAUAAAAGAUUUAACUGAAUUGAAAAUUUAUGAUUUACUGCAGUUUAAAACACUUAGCCUAAAUGAACAUUGUGAACCUGAAAUGUCUUCUCUUAUAACAUCACGUUUAGUAAAUAUUGAUGGUGAUACUUUAAAAAUUCAAGUGUUAUCUGGUAUCAAAGAAUUUAUGACACUUAAUCCUAAAUUCAGAAUGGAAGAUGAUGAUAUUGAAGUAGAAACUCUUCGCGAAGUAAGAUAUAAUGACCUUUGCGAUUUGGUUAAACUUGUUUAGUCUAUUUUAUACACAUUUUAACUAAUGUAAUAAUUGAAUGUGUUGUAUCAGUUAAUUUUAUAUAAGAACUAUAAUAUUUUUGACUUAUAAAUAUAAUUUAUUGUUUAA